AUGGAAAUGAGGACCCGAGUGAAGAGGGGGAAGUUGAGGAGUAGACACAAGUUGGGGUUGUCCUUGGGGAUUAUCUGGCGUACUGUGAUGCAUUUUCAUGGCUGGCUGGCUGGGCUCUGGGGAUCUCAGCAUGGCGUUUUGGGUUGUGUGAGCGCGCAUUUUGGCAGUCCUGGCAGCCCAUUUUUAUACUUUGCUUUCAAGCCAGGGGGUUCCGCAUAUCUCCUUGAAGGCUUGGGGGUGUUCUUGCUCAAUUUAGGCUUGCUUGAAUUUCCCCGUUGCGCCUCGUUCCUUCUUCUAAUAAAGGUAAAAAUCGGGCCUAGAUUAACCCCCAAGAAACCCCAAAAUAAUUCAAGACCUGCAAUUAUGCCUCAAUUGGAGCUUGUGGGGCAAAUCCCGGAAACAUCUUACUCGAAGUGUUACAUCCCAGAGUUUGACGACAUUGCACCUAAGAUAAUGGACAUGAUGGAUUUAGCGGCAUCAUGCCAAAUCACUAUUGAUACUUACAGGACGAAUAUGCACAUAUUCACUGGAGCUAUAGUAUGGGUAUUCCCAGUAUUACUUACUUCCAUAGUACAAGAAUGA